GCUGAUAGCAAAAAAGAUCUCGAGGAACCUGUGCCGAGCGACUCAGAAGACAAGGAAUUCCUUUCCAAUGUACCGUACGCCACCGUCAAAGAUGCGCUGGCAAUGUUCAAAGACGACGAACUGCUAGCAGAACCAGGCAAAAAAUUCAAGUUGAGUGAAUCCAUGUUCCUAACUAUGUACACAACUCAUGGAUUCACCCUCGUCAGUGCAGUUCUGGAGAAGGCAUCGGGAAAGGAAUUCAAGAAGAUGAUAGAGGACUUGACGUUUGAAUUAGGAAUGAGGCACACUACUCUAGACACCAACAGCCAAAUCAUCCCAAACCGGGCAAACUACUACAAGCGCAACAAGAAGCACCUUUUGGAGAAUUGCCCUGAAGUGGACAACUCGUACAAGUGGGCUGGUGGCGGUCUGCUUUCGAAUGUGACAGAUCUCCUGAUUUUUGCGAACGCCAUUCUCUAC